AUGAGGAAGAAUGGUGUUGACGGGAAGCACCGUGACGAGAUGCACACUGAUGUUCGAACAUUAGAAGUGGAGUUUGAGCACUUCUUUGGCAUUGUUCCCUCCAAGAUCAACAGGAGGUUUCCCCUAAGUCUAUCUGAGCAGAGCUAUCUGCCGAAGGUUGAGAAUCCGCGUGCCGAUUGGGCCGUAGUCGCAGCCUUCAACUCUUUCCAGGCGUACCAGCGCGGUCAGCUGGGGAAGGUCCAGCGUUUCGCCACCAUUGGUACAGGCUCGGGCACCGACAUGAUCGCCGCACUUGAAACCUUUCCGGAUCUCGAGUUUGGGGCGAUGACUGACUUGCACACGUCUGUAGUCAGUGCUGCGAAGCGGAACGUUCUGAAUGCCACUGACAAUUACGCGCCCUGUCGGGCCGUUGCCAAGGGUAUCUAUGCUGCUGCGGGCGAUCUCCUUCUCCCACUGAGAGACCAAGAGGCUUUUGACUUAAUCUAUGAGAACCUGCCGAACAUACCUCUCCCAACGACCAAGAGCCUCGUCGACGGACAAAUAUCGUCGACGUUUAUCGGGGAUCGGACCGCAGAUCGAGUCCCGGUCCAUGUCUCCCAAGCCCUUCUAGAUCUUCACUACAUCUGCCUGUACCAGGCCAGGGUGAUGCGCCUUAUCAAGUCGUCGGGCGCUAUUUUGUCUAGCAUGGGGGGGAGAGUUCCGGUCCAGUCCAUGCUAGACAUGGCUGACGCUGCCGGGUACUCCAGCAGAGUCGUUUCUCUGACGUGGAAGAUCCAGAGCGAGCCAGAGACGGUCAUUGGUGAAUAUGCCGAGAAUCAGAAAAAAGGCUUAGGCAAGUACUAUUUCUACCCAACAUCAGCCCUGGGGACGGCUUUUGGCGAUCUAUCCCCGGCUGCUGCAGGCCUUCGUGCUGCACAGAUCGAACAGAACUUGCACCCUCAUCGCUUGGAUGCCGUAGCAGCGCUGGAGCAGUAUCAUGCGGGUGUGGAAAUCGGCCAUACUGUCUAUGUCAUGGCUAGCGUCCUCAAGGAAAGCCCCAGCGUGGUUUAA